GAUGAUGUACAUUUCCGUUUGGCAUAAUCUUUGUGAGCGUUUGAUUUGUUGUUAUGUUUAUGAGUUAGUAUAAACGGUACUGUGUAAAAUUGUCAUGUUUUAAUUUGUUACGUCGAGAUUUUCUUCAAAAAUCUUAAUUGAACCGAAGUUCGAGCAGUUAUAAACAUAAGCUGUUCAGGUCUUUUAUAAGUUUAAUAUAUAACUAUAAGUGGGCGAUGGAUUUUACCACAUGUUUAGAGCUAGCCUUGGAGGGAGAGCGACUUUGCAAGUCUGGGAAUUUCAAUGGUGGUAUAGCAUAUUUUAAUGCUGCCAUUCAGGUUGGAGCAGAUGAUCCAAAAACACUCAGUGCCAUCUAUAGCCAACUGGGCAAUGCCCACUUCUAUCUAGGAGAAUAUGGAAAAGCUUUAGAAUAUCAUAAGCUUGACCUUACAAUAGCCAGGGCUAUGGGUGAUCAGAUUGGAGAAGCAAAAGCCAGUGGUAACCUUGGAAACACACUAAAAGUAAUGGGGAAAUUUGAAGAAGCUGUCAUUUGCUGUAAGAGACACUUAGAAAUUUCAAGAGAUUUAAAAGACAAGGUUGGUGAGGGUCGAGCUCUAUACAACCUUGGGAACGUGUAUCAUGUCAAGGGUAAACACAUGGCUCGUUUAGGUCAGCAGGACCCAGGAGAGUUUCCUGAAGAGGUGAAGGUGUGCCUAGAAAAAGCAGUGGAGUACUAUGAACAAAAUCUGACUCUUGUGAAGGACAUAGGGGACAAAUCUGCACAAGGACGUGCUUGUGGAAACUUGGGAAAUACAUAUUACCUUCUAGGAGACUUUCCUAAAACUAUUUCAUAUCAUCAAGAGAGGCUCAGCAUAGCAAGAGAAUUUGGAGACAAAGCAGCCGAACGCAGAGCCCACAGCAAUUUGGGUAAUGCACAUAUUUUUCUUGGUGAAUUUGAAACUGCAGCUGAACACUACAAGAAAACUUUGAGUCUUGCUGAGGAACUGGGAGACAGAGCUGUAGAAGCUCAAGCUUGUUACAGUUUAGGCAAUACCUACACGCUUCUUCAUGAUUAUCUCACUGCCAUUAAAUACCAUCUUCGACACUUGCAAAUAGCCAAGGAAUUGAAAGACAGAGUUGGUGAAGGUCGAGCCUGUUGGAGUCUUGGUAAUGCUUAUUCUGCUAUUGGUGAUAAUGAGAAGGCACUACAAUAUGCUACAAAACAUUUAUAUAUUGCAGAACAGAUUGGGGACAAAGUUGGUUUAACCAGUGCAAACAUGGGAGUUGUUGAGUUGCAAAAUAUUUUAGGUGCUCAAAAUCACAUAGAAGACAAAAUUACACAUGGAAGUAUGGAAAACACACCAGCUAAGAUAAGAGUUCGAAGGGUAAGCAUGGAGAGAAUGGAUCUACUGAAGCUGACACCUGAAAGUAAUAUAUCAAAGGAAAAUAAGGAAAAUAUGACCUCAAGCAAAGAAUCUCCCAAAAAGGUUCUUAUAAGUGGAGAUAACCGCAGAUCUAGUAAGGACUCUCCUAAAUCAGGAGAUAGCCAAAAUUCAUCCUCUAAAGAAAAAAUUGGGGGAAGCUCUUUUGACCAAGAUUCCUUCUUUGAGCUACUGAGUCAGUUUCAGAGUAAGAGAAUGGAUGAUCAGCGGUGUUCCAGAGCUCUCCUUGAACGCAAUACGGCAAAUGGAACUUCUUCAACAACACUCCAUCAUGCUUCUCUACAGUUAGACAAUGAAGACCAAGAAAAUCAAAGUAUGAGAGAAGACCUAUUUGAUCUGAUUGCUGGAAUGCAGAGUCAGAGAAUGGAUGAACAAAGAGCGAGCUUACCAACUCUACCAGGACUAGGUAUUUCAAAGAGCCUCAGAACCAGGAAUCAGUUCAUCAGUAAUAAUUCUCUGGAACAACAUCGUCAUCUUUUACACAGAAUGUCUGUAGAUACUGCAGCCUUGCCAGAUGAUGACUUCUUUGAUACAUUGAUGAGAUGUCAGUCCACAAGAAUUGAAGACCAAAGGAGCAGUAUGCCAAAUAUUGCAUCUCAGCCAGCUAGGGCUUUAAGUUCCAAAAUAGUUCCAACAUCCCAACAUGCACCCACAGUUCCAGAUGAUGACUUUUUCAGCCUCAUAUUGCGCUUCCAGGCCGGGCGUAUUGAUGACCAGAGGUCAGCACUGCCUUCCAAGUCCACCAGUGAAUUGGAUACUAUUAACAAAAAUAGUAACAGAACUUGUAGCUCAUCUCGUUCACGCAACCUCCUGAAAUCCAGUCUUGGACAUGGACUACGUGGCUCUUAUUCCUUGAAGUCAAAGAAGUACUGAGAUCAAGCAUAGUUUUUGGAAUGUUUGGUUGCAAAUCUACAACAGCCACUGUUGCAAGAAAAUAUCUGUAAUGUUAUUUACCCUGUAUUAUUGUUGCACUCUUUUCUAAAUGUUGAUUAUUGCAACAGCAUUGCUCAGCAAUUUUUUAUUCACCUUCAUGCUGACUAUAUUUUCCCACAAUUUCAGAGAUAGAAGAAUAUAAAAAAAAAA